AAUUUAAAAUUACUAAUCUUAAAAAAUGAUUUCCCCAAAUAACCACUAUAAAUAAUUCAUCUGCAGAGCCUCUCCAACCCAGGCCACGAUCAAUCCCUCCUCCGGCCACCGGAACAUGCCCAGCGAUACCCCGAAUGAUCCUGCUGCGGAGGAGGAUCGGUCUUUGCCGGCGGCGUCCAAUGCCUGUUUGGCGCUGACUGGCCUCGCCGGCGUUGGUAUCUUGGCGUGGUGGGGCGUGGUGUUCCACCCCAGCAACUCGCAGCUGUGGAUGGUGCCGGUCGGCUUAAUCAUGGUCGGAACGCCGCUCUUCGUGUGCCUCUCCCUCUCUGCCUCCUCCUGCCGCCGGCGGUUCAGCCUCCUCUUCUCCGACUCCGUCCUCCCCGACGACCCUGAAAAAUAAACCAGAAAAUUAAUUAAGCUGUUGCUUAAAUAUAAUCAUCUUCAUCUUUUAAAUCUUCUUUUGAAAUGUU